AUGAUUAGGAAUAAUAAAAAAUACAUAAGAUUUAUGCAAUCAAGUUUUUGUAGAUUCUCAAAUAUUAAAACGAAAGCAUAUGAUAUAAUUGAUCAUCAUUAUGAUGCAGUAAUUGUAGGAGCUGGAGGUGCUGGAUUAAGAUCUGCAUUGGAAUUAUCUAAAAAUAAAUACAAGGUAGCAUGUAUCAGUAAAUUGUUUCCAACACGAUCACAUACUGUAGCUGCUCAAGGUGGAAUAAAUGCAGCUUUAGGUAAUAUGACUGAAGAUGAUUGGAGAUGGCAUGCUUAUGAUACUAUUAAAGGUUCAGAUUGGCUUGGGGAUCAAAACGCUAUUCAUUAUAUGUGUAGAGAAGCUCCUGAAUCUGUGUUAGAAUUAGAAGAAUUUGGACUCCCCUUUUCAAGAACAAAAGAUGGGAAAAUAUAUCAAAGAGCUUUUGGAGGACAAAGUUUAAAAUAUGGUAAAGGAGGACAAGCUUAUAGAUGUGCUGCCGCUGCUGAUAGAACAGGACAUGCCAUGUUACAUACAUUAUAUGGACAAUCCUUAUCUUACAAUUGUAUAUUUUUUGUAGAAUAUUUUGUUUUAGAUUUACUUAUGUUAAAUUCUAAUGAAUGUAUUGGGGUAAUAUGUAUUAAUAUAGCAGAUGGAAAAAUACAUAGAUUUUUUACACCACAUACUGUUAUAGCUACCGGGGGAUAUGGUCGAGCUUAUUUGUCUUGUACAUCUGCUCAUGCAUGUACAGGAGAUGGUAAUGCAAUUGUAGCUAGAAGUAAAUUACCAUUACAAGAUUUAGAAUUUGUACAAUUCCAUCCAACCGGUAUAUACCCAGCUGGAUGCUUAAUUACUGAAGGAUGUAGAGGAGAAGGUGGUAUUUUAAGAAAUAAAGAAGGAGAAGCCUUUAUGAUGAGAUAUGCUCCUAAAGCAAAAGAUUUAGCUAGUCGUGAUGUUGUUAGUAGAGCUAUGACCAUAGAAAUUAAUGAACAAAGAGGAUGUGGGCCAAACGCAGAUCAUAUAUAUUUAGAUUUAACACAUUUACCAUAUGAAACAUUAAAAGAAAGAUUACCAGGUAUAAUGGAAACUGCAAAAAUAUUUGCGGGAGUUGAUGUAACUAAACAAUAUAUUCCUGUGUUACCAACAGUUCAUUAUAAUAUGGGUGGAAUUCCAACUAAUUAUAAAACACAAGUAUUAACACAAAACGUAAAUUUUAAUAAACAAACUAAUAAAUCAAAUGAAGAUAUUAUUGUAAAAGGUCUUUAUGCUGCGGGAGAAGCGGCAUCAGCAUCGGUUCAUGGAGCAAAUCGGCUAGGAGCUAAUUCACUUUUAGAUAUUGUCGUUUUUGGUAAAAGAGCUGCACUAACUAUUAUGGAGAUAGAUAAACCAAAUAUUCCUAAAAUAAAUGCAAAUACUAAUAUAGGUGAAGAAUCUAUACAAAGAUUAGAUCAUAUAAGAUUUAAUAAAGGUAGUAUACAAACAUCGCAAUUAAGAAAAAAAAUGCAAAUAUGCAUGCAAAAACAUGCUGCUGUUUUUAGAAUUGGACCGUUAUUACAAGAAGGUUAUAAACAAAUUCUUGAAAUAUGUUCCAUUUUUAAAGACAUAGAAAUUACUGAUAAAACGUUAACAUGGAACACAGAUUUAUUAGAAACAUUAGAACUUGAAAAUUUACUAACACUCGCAUCACAAACUAUCUUAGCAGCUGUUGAAAGAAAAGAAUCAAGAGGUGCUCAUGCUCGUGACGAUUUCCCAGAACGAGAUGAUAAAAACUAUUUAAAACAUUCCUUAACAUGGAUGACUGACAGAAAUAUUGAGAAUACAAAAUAUUUUACAACUUACAGGGAUGUUAUAACAAAACCAUUAGAUAAUGAAAUGGAAUAUGUUCCACCUGUUAAACGUGUUUAUUAA